AGCCAUCCGGAAGAAUCUCGAGGAUCUGAUUAUCGUCCUAGCAAAACUACAUACCUAAACUUGUGAUCAAAAGUGUUGUAUUUUACAAUAAAAGACAAAAAUAAUUUCACAAGAAAGGACAUUUAAACGACACGCAAAAUGUCGUCGGAGGAAUUCGAGAAGUUGCACGAAAUGUACCGAUCGUUGUACGAGGAGCUGAAGCUGAUGCCAGAUAAGGCUCAGAAAUCUCACGGAGAGGAGAGGAAGAGGCUGGUGAGGACUUUCGAUGAGAGACAUGGGGAGGCUGAAGAAGUGUUACAAGGAAUGGAAGAGGAGCUGCGCGUUGCCCCUCCGUCCUAUCGAAAUUCAAUGAGCACAAAAUUACGUAUUUACCGGCGAGACCUCGGCAAGCUUCAGAGGGACAUGAAAAACUCAGCACCUGGCUUUGGCUCCUCGUACAACACAGUGCCAGGAAAUCAUGGCAUCUACUCUUCACAAAAUCAGCACAGUACACACCUGCAGUCCCAGAGAGCGUUGCUUCUUCAAGGUACAGAUGCUCUAAAUAACGCCAGCCAGAGUAUUGAGCGCAGCCAGCGCAUCGCUGCUGAGACGGAGCAAAUUGGCACAGAUAUCAUCGAGGAGUUGGGAGAACAGAGGGAACAGCUGGAUCGAACCAGAAACAGACUUGCGAAUACUGGAGAGAACCUGAGUCGUAGUAGAAAAAUUCUUCGUGCCAUGUCAAGGCGGCUAGUGACAAACAAGUUGCUACUGGGCAUCAUCAUUUUAAUGGAACUGGCCAUUCUGGGUGCUGUGAUUUACCUGAAGUUUUUCCGAAAAUGAGCAGACUUACGUUUAAGUUGUGGAUCCAGGGCAAACUUGGACUCUUUCUGUCUCUACUGACUAUCCAGUAGCAAUAAUAACACUGUCCUGCUGUUUUCAGCUAUCUGUGUCUGUGAUGGCAAUGAAGGCCUGAACUCUGACAGGGGAUUCUGUCCAUUAUUUGAUGUGAAUGGCAAUUUGCCAACUUGCUAAUGGACCAAACCUACAGAAGCUCUUUGAACUAAGAUUUGCACUGUCACUUGAUGCCGUUGAUGUCCUGCAGGAUGAUGAUCUGGACUUGUCUGCUGGCUGUUACAGAUCCCAUGGAUGAUUCUUUGUAGCAUCAUAGCUGAGUCAGAAAACAAGCUAAUUGAGCCCACAUGUCUCUCUGGGUGAAACCACUUGUGAAAUGUGACUGACAGUUCUAGAAAGCUAUAAGUCUCAGAUUGGGUUACAAAACUGCUCAAAUUCAACUGCUGAUGGAUGAAUAUCUUUUACAAUAUGAUGAAAAAGCACCUAACAAAAUAAUUUCUUUUCUGUGUUUAAGCGGUUGUGUGCUUAAAAAAAGACUUAAGUUUUAAAUGAGAUAUAUCAGUAAAAUAAAUUAAUGCAAUGUCUUAAUACAGUUCAUGCAAAAUUACUGUACAAUUCAAAAAUCACUGUUAUAAAUAGGUUUUUGGUUUCCGAUUUGAUGUCUUUCGCAACAUUAAAGUUGAUCUUUAACCUCA